CACCCCACUGCCCAGCCCCGCGCAGUGCGGGCCGAGGUCGGGUCGAACGUCGAACUGAUAGCUCUGAUGUCGGACGCGUAACGCCUCAGGUUUUGGAGUACCAUUGCUGGGGGCUGCUGCUCGCGCUGGGCCCGCGGGACGAGGCGUCCCGGGCCGCGUUAGAAGGACUGCUCGGCCCCACGGGGCCGCUCAUCUGGGCGAGUCGCUGGUCGGCUGAGCCGCGCGCCCGCGUCACAGCGCCAUCCCGAAGAGGUUAGGGGAGGCCCGCACCCACCUCCCACCCCACCCUCGAGGGUCACAGAGCCAUUCCAGCGGUUGGAGCCUUGGAGAAGACUCCGCGGGUAAAAGAAAGAGUUCUGCGAAUGGCUGAGUUGGUUUCCGCUCCCACUUGUUCUGGUCGCGGAUCCGUUGGUCGUACGGCGGGCCCGCGUCUUCCAAGAAGUCAUCCCCGCGCGCGCCCGUCGGCAGAAUUUAUUGGCAACCUGUUGGGACAAGUGACGCUCCUAGCUACUGUGAAAUUCGUCUGAGCCUCUCACUACCCUGAACAGACCGUAAGGGUGCCGUAUCGCAACAGAGGAAACGACAGGCGGAGCAACAGCUUGAUGCAAAGACACGCGCGCUGCCUUUCGCCCCAUCCCUCCUCUUCUCGCCUGGCCUCGGAUCUGGCCCCGCCAUGCGCCCAGAUCUGGCGUGCACGGUGUUUCUCGCGUGCCUGGAGCUCCUCAAGUGCGUCGAGGUGACGCAGGCAGACCGGGUGAAGCCCUCCUGCCUGAUGCAGGUUGCAUCUGCGGCUCCUGUGCCGUGCGGAUACUUUGAGCACAGCGAUGCCUGCUGCAUUGAACCGCUGGACACGCGCCACGUGCAGAGCACACAAAGACACCUCGCGGGCGGGGUGCAAGGCCCUAGCUGGCAGCAGCACUCCAACGUGACGUUCACGGCCCCGACGGAGGACGCGCUGUACCUGGUGAGCCACGACGAGGGCUGCGGCCCCGAGCAUGAGUGCUGGGAGGUGUCCCUGCGCGCGCUCGGGCCGCUCGAGUCGCUGCUGCUGCCGGCGGGGGCCGCGCUCCAGGUCCUCGUGUCCCACCUGCCGGGCCCCAAGGCCUACAACGUGUCCCUGACGACGGCCACCGUGUCGCGCGGCGGCAGCGGCCCCGGGCCGGCCCCGCGCCCGGGCUCCUCGACGGAGGACUGCCGGCUGCUGCGGGGCAGCACGCCCGUCCUGGACAUCGUCGGGGACGACGCCAGCGUGCGGCUUGUGCCGCCCGGCGUCCCCCAGCAGGGCGACGCGGAGCCCGACGCGCUGCCCGCGCUGCCCGGCGUGUGCGUCACCCUACACAGCGACCAGUGCCCCGUGGACUGCAGGGACUUCACCGUGCCGCCCCAGUGCCGGCGCACCCGCUUCCACCAGACCGAGCGCUGCGUGGAUAAGCCCUUCGACUCGGCGUUGACUUUCCGGAAUGUGACCCGCCUCAACGUCUCCUCACGCCUCGACGCCGGCCCUGUCAACUCGUCGCACGUCGUGCCGCUCCUUUUCCACUGUGCCCGGCUGCAACUUGGGGGAUGCGUCGUGGCGACUGCAACUGUGGCUGUGCCUCUGCACCCACCCAGCGUCCGGGCAGAGGUGAUGGUGCCGGACAAGUGGACCACGACUAGCAACGCCGUGGUGCUGGCCGCUGCCCUCACCCUCCUCUGCGUCCUGCUCUUGUUUGCCGUGCGCAACUUCUGCAGAGGUCCUCCCCACCGGUCGCUGCUGAUCCUCCAGGUGGCGGGCGGCGGCGCAGCCGACGGUGACACGGUCGGCAACAGGGCGCUCAAGUCGUCGCUCAGCAGGCUGUCGCUGCGCAGGGCGUCGCUAAAGGGCGGCGUGAGCGUGGCGCCGGCGCCCGCCGAGGCGCGCCGCCUCCUGCUCGUGUACUGCAAGGACGGCGCCGGGCCCGAGAGCGCGACGGGCAGGGCCUUCAGCGGCGCCGUGAGGGUCCUGGCCCGCAUCCUCAGCGCCAGCGGCCGCAUCGAGGUGACGGACAUGCACGAGGACCCGCUGCUGCCGGAGGAGGGCCCCGUGCUGCGGGCCUCGACCGUGCUGGCCGACGAGUCCACGUGCCUGGUGCUGGUCGCGACGCCGGCCCUCGCCGAGGCGCUCAGGCCCACCACCACCGUCCUGGACCUGGACAUCUUCCAGAAGUUCGUCUCGGCCCUGCUGCUCUGCCUGAGCCACACGCCACGCUCCGCGCCCGCGCGCCUCUUCACCGUCUGCCUCGACGCGCGCCACCACCCAAACUUCCUCAUCGGCAUCCCGGUGACCGCCGUCUUCGUCAUGCCCUUCCACGUCGCCGACCUGGUGGAGGCGAUUCCUGGGCUGGCGGGCGAGGCGAUACCAUCGGAAAAGCAGUUCCAGGCCGACGAGUUGAAGUUAAGGAAAUAUGUCAACCAGUAUGUCAAUCCCGAUGAGCCGGAAACACCUGUCAUCGUUCGGAUCUAGUCACCAACUCAUUCAACCGCGAAGGUUGGAAAAAUAAUGUGCAGGCUUCGAAAACAUUGUUAUUCUUACAAAUUUUAGAAAGCGAACAAACGAACGCGGGUGAGAGAAAGAGAGAGAAGAGAAAGACUGAAAGGGACCAGACAUUUUGUUACACUUUAUCACGUUUAUGUUAUGAAUAUUUCAGGUGACCGCACUAAUAAACCUCUAUUUCCAAUCUUC